GCUAAUUUGACAAAUCUGAAAAAGUUAGAUCUUUCUAUUAACAACAUUCAAAAUUUAAGUUAUGGUUUAUUUAUCGGUCUCAACAAUCUUACUAUUCUAGAUCUGUCAAACAAUCGUCUUUCGGAAUUUAAUGUAAAAAUCAGUGGGAUGAAAAACUUGAGACUGUUAAAUCUGAGUCACAAUUCGAUCUCGUCACUUCCUGAUGACGUGAUGGAAAGCAUUGAUUGGCUGAUUGACCACCAGAUACCUGUUGAGGUGGAGCUGAACAACUGCCCUAUUCUUUGCACGUGUCAAAACUUGAAAUUCCUAACCUGGAUGGUCAAGUCUCCAGCAUUUAAGUCGUUCAAGAACUAUAUCUGUGCUCACGACGACGUGUACGUACGCUUGACCAACGGCUACAACAAAACCGUGGAGCUGCUGAACAAAGAAUGCGCAUCCAACGAGAAGCUCUUCCUGUUUGUUGUUGCCGCCACGCUGCUCGUGCUGUUUGCUAUCGUCGGUCUCAUGAUCUUCCGCUUCCGGUGGAGCCUGCGGUACCUGUACCACGCGGCGAUGCUGAACUUCCAUAGACGACACGAGACAAAAGGCAACCAAUUUGACUAUGACGUUUUUAUCUCCUACGCCAACCCGGAUGAACUUUUCGUCCUAGAGGUUGUCGAGCCGGAGCUAGUCAAAAGAGGGGUCAAAGUUCACAUCCACGGGCGCAACUUUGUGGCGGGAAACUUUAUCGCCUCCAACAUCGUGAGCGCCGUCAGCAUGUGCCGUAGGACCUUGGUCAUCCUGACCGGGAACUUCUGCAAGGGUCACUGGUGUAAAUACGAGGUCCAGAUGGCUAACAUGGAGUCGGUCCACGACGGACGUCCGGUGCUGAUUUUCCUGGUCAAAGAGAACAUGGCGGCCAAGAACCUGGGUGAGCUCAUGUCCUUCCUCCGCUGCAACACUUACGUCCCCUACCCGCAGGGGGAGCAACUCUCGGAGCGGGAGAUGAAGGCCAUGUGGGACAAACUGGCACAGGACCUACGCUAGCUGUCGGACCUCAGCGAGGACAUUUAUAUCUAUAUUGUCUCAUGGAACUGAUACGCUGGCUGAUAGUUUGGAGCAUUCAGGUCUAGAUCGUCUC